AUGAGUUCUUUUUUGUGGGUUAGGCUAACUGGGGGUGGUGAGGACGAUGCCCAUGGCAACCCGGAGCUCUAUUUCCAUAUCAAGUUCGGCGACGGCGAGUCUUCAUACACAACGCAUAACCCAAACUUUAAGAAGGCUGAGAACGUGCUCUCCCCGAACCCGACUCGCACUCUGCAGAUUCCUGGCCCCAACGGGUGGUACUACGUGACGCGCAAGAUUGGCAAGAGCCUCGAGUUGGAUUAUAUGACCAAACUCACGCCGCAGACUGAUGCCACCGAGUGGCGGAGAGUAACACUCAAAGCCGGGGCGAACUUUGCCGCCCUUAGACAGGUUCUAAUCGACAUGCUCACCAGGUUUCCGAACUAUGACUGGCAAACUGGGGCAGGCUCAACAAGAAUCGCAUUUGAACAGAAUUGCACGAGUUGGCUGGCUGCUAACUGCAAUAUCGAGUAG